CGUUACCCGGCAACAACCGAGAAAGUCAACAAUCAUCUACUUUGAUGUCUGCACUGACACUUAUCAUCAUUGAAAAUAAUAAGCGAUGAAUGCAAUUGAAGUCCAAUGGAUAGUGCAAUGACGGCAAAAUGUCGAAACAGACUUCCUUACGAAAAUAUGGCAAGCAAUCCAGGAAACCGAAAGCCGACCGCUUAUUCGUCGAGUUACCACAAACACCAGUACGGAACCAACCGAAGCCGGUAGAAGUCGACGAUGAACCUCGGAAGGACGAAUUAGAAGCAUUAACCAACAAAAUAUCUUCUAUACAUAUAGAAGAUGAUAUACCACCACCAAAAGAGCCAGUCAGAAGGUCGCCUCGACGAAAAGAGCAACACGCUCCCCUACCAUCACCACAACCCGAGCCAGUCAAACUCCAAACCCCUACGAUAUUAAGCCCGCUCAAAUCGAAAAUAUCGGAUACGGUCGAGGUCGAAGAAACGGACGAAGAACUGCAGAUCCUGUCCUGGUCCGACAUAUGCCCACCAGGAGACAAGAUUGUCAAGAUAGCCGAAGCUUCUUACGCAGAAGUGUAUCGAGUGACAAACGAACGUGGAACUAGUAUUAUCAAGGUUAUUAGGAUGGAGUCACCGAUAAAGGCACAGACCAAGGCCCAGCAGAAGUCAGGACUUGUCGACGAGGAACCGCACUCCGAAUCGGAUUUAAUGGGAGAAUUGAAGAUCUCGGAAUGGCUAGCGGAUAUACCCGGCUUCGUCGUAUAUAAGGAGAGAUAUAUAGUACAAGGGAAAGCUUGCAAGGAGCUACUAGAAACCCACCAGGCAUUCCACAAGAAAAUAAAACGACAAGACCCGGGCCGGCUUCAAUUUUAUCCCUCGCCGAGUCGAUAUCUGGAAGGCACAAAAUUCUUGGUCGUUGAGCUUGGUGACGCAGGAAUAGCUCUCGAAGACUUUCAAUUGGAGUCUGUCGAUCAACUAUGGGAUAUCUUCUUUCACGUUGCUAUUGCGCUAGCGCGUGCCGAAGUCCACAUAGAAUUCGAGCAUCGAGACCUUCACGAAGGGAACUUGUGUAUUCGGAGAACAGGAAAGCCUAUCCCUAAGGAGGAUCGGGAGCGCUCUAGUUGCUUUGGUUUCUCCGGUCUCGACGUGACGAUUCUUGAUUAUGGACUUUCCCGGGCUCACGCUGAUUAUCAACUUGAAGACACCCAACCGAUUGCUUAUGAUCUAGAAAGAGAUUUAAGUAUCUUCAGCAGCGAGCACGCACCACAAUGUGAAGUUUAUAGGCGGAUGAGAUCAUUCAUGCUACGGGGAGAUCGCACAUGCCUACCACCACAAAGUCAUAAAAUAGCUUACGAAGAAGGUAUCGAUGGGCCAAUAAUAUGGGCACGACACGAACCGUAUACAAACGUUUUAUGGCUUGCGUACAUCUAUCAGUGGAUGAUUAAGCAUUUCAAGGGCCUCAAGAAGGAAUUAAACGCCUUCAAGCGAUUGACGAAAGAGUUUUGGACAUACCUCGACCCCGACGCGGAUGACAGCGUACCUGGUUUUGGCAGUGCUAGUGAUGUAGUGAGGUUCGCUUUAGAAUCGGGAUGGAUUGAAGAGGACCAGUUGAUGGGUGUUAGGGAUGAGAUUGAGAAAUCGAUAUUAUCGAUUCUAACAGAUCACGAUCGAAGAGGGCUAGAUGAGGAGGUCCCUAUAGAAUCAUCUCCUCGAAGGUCACCAAGAAGGCGCCAACGAAAUGCUGUGUAAAUUAAUAUUGUAUUAUAAUUGGCGUUGGCAUUGGCGCAUGUCUCAGCGGUAUUGAUUUUCGAACUACGUUAGCUGUCUUAUAGAAUACCCACGUAUUAUUCCAAAUUACACCAAGGCAAUUCGAAUAC